UGUCUCCUCAGAGCCGCCGUAGUUUGGCGGAAGGAGGAGCUGGCGGGAGUCCGGAAUUCUGAGCUGAGUUUAAGUAGUAGAAGAGCGCGAGAUAAAGGUGGUGUUUAAUUCAGUCAUGGAGAGCAUCAACGCCAAGUAUGUGUCUCAAAAGAUCAGCAAAACGCGCUGGAGGCCUGUACACGCGGCCGCCCUGCACCAGCCCACCUGCUUCGCCACCGGAUCCUGGGACAACGAGACUAAUCAGGUUUGCAUCUGGGGUGUGGGAGAGACUGGAAUGGCCUGUGAAGACGAUGAGCUGGAGGGAGAUCCACAAUUACUGUGUGAGUGUAAACAUGGAGGAGAUGUGCUGGACUUGCAGUUCCUGGAUCAGGAAAGGCUAAUUACAGCAUCAUCAACAGGAGCCGUGACCAUCUAUAAAAUUCAUGCUGACAGCCAGUCUCUGUCUGUGGCUCAUGUGUGGGACAGAUCACACCACUACCAGCGUGCCAGCGCCCCAUGCACUGGAGUGGUAUGCAGCAGUCCAGAUGUGGUGUCUGUAGGGGAGGACGGGAGAGUGAUUCUCUACAAAGCUGACCAGAGAGGAAUUGCACGUGUUAUUGAAAAUGCAGACAGCAGCACCAUCCACGCAGUGACUUUCCUUCGGACGACUGAAGUGCUGACGGUUAACUCCAUCGGGCAGCUGAAGCUCUGGGACUUCAGACAGCAGGGCAACGAGCCUGCACAGAUCCUUUCCCUCACUGGGGACAGAGUGCCACUGCACUGUGUGGACAGACACCCAAACCAGCAGCAUAUAGUGGCCACUGGAGGCCAAGAUGGUAUGCUAUGCAUCUGGGACGUGAGGCAGGGCAACAUGCCCUUCUCUCUUAUGGAAGCCCACUCUGCUGAAAUGUGGGAGGUCCAUUUUCACCCGACAAACCCAGACCACCUGUUUACUUGUUCAGAAGACGGCUCUCUACUGCACUGGGAGACCUCCUCUGGCUUAGACACCCCCUCAUUCCUGCAGAGCCGCAACACCAGCAUCAUGUCCCGCAGUGCGGCAGCUCCUGCAGGGGGAAACCAGUCCCUCAUCAGUGCCUGGCUCAAUGGAGACUCCAGCAAGGGCAGGCUGGAGACCACUCACAUGCUUCCCAGCCAGACUCUGUCUGUCAACAGUCUGGAUGUGCUUGGACAGUGCUUAGUGUGUGGCACUGAUGGAGAGGCAGUUUACAUAAACAGACAGGUUCCUGUGUGAUACGCAGCACCAAAGAGUUGUGAUUUAUUUUCAGUAAAUGUUCACCUGACCAACAGUUUUUGUUUGUUUUGUUAUGCUUUCCUUGGAUAAUGCACUUAAUAAAAGAGUGAUCUUUUUA